CUCACAAACUAUUCAUCUCCAAUUCAUUUUAAAACACACACUUAACAGUUUUGUGGUGCUAAAUUCAGUAGAGAAGUAUUUGUAACCUAUGGCUUCUUCUUCUCCUCUAGUCACCAUCUUCCUCUUCAUCUCCUUAUUCUCCUUCUUGUCUGUAAAUGCAAAUGAGGUAACCGUCGGUGGAAAAUCCGGUGUCUGGAAGAUCCCUCCUUCCUCUUUCGACGAAUGGGCUCAAAAGGCUCGCUUCAAAGUCGGAGACUUUCUAGUUUUCAGCUAUGAAGCGGGUAAAGACUCGGUUCUGCAAGUGACAAGAGAGGCUUACGAGAAAUGCAACACCACGAGCCCGAUAGCCAGCUACACCGAUGGGAACACCAAGGUGAAGCUAGAACAACACGGUCCGGUCUACUUCAUAAGCGGAACAGAGGGUCACUGUCAAAAGGGUCAGAAGCUACGCGUUGUGGUAGUCACUCCUCGUAGCUCUGCUUUCUCUCCGGCUCCUUCUCCAUCUGACGGUCCCGCCGUUGCUCCUGCUCCUACUAGUGGCGCUGCUAAGCUCACGGGCAUCUUCAGUGUUGUGGGCCUUGUUCUUGGAUUCUGGGCCUUGGGCUGAGAAGCUUUUUUUUUUUACUUUUAUUUAGUCCUGAAUUCUAUUCUUUUUUUUUUUUGGAACAUGUAACAGAGAUCUGUGUUCUGUUCUCCCUAGUCCCUAGUCUUGUUGUUACCAAUUCAGUACUCAAGAUUUUAUUAAAUUAUUAUUUAGCAGUCA